AUGGACGCCAAGUCGGAAGCCCCGUCCAACGGCUUGGACUUUGACGUAGUCAUCAUCGGAGCAGGCAUCUCUGGCAUCAACGCCGCAUACCGCGUGCAGAAUGAGGCGCCGGCGGGUACUUCGUACGUGAUCCUGGAGAGCCGCGACGCCAUCGGCGGGACGUGGAAUCUCUGGCGAUACCCAGGCAUCAGGUCCGACUCGGACGUCUUCACCUUCAGCUUUGGCUGGAACCCCUGGCCGGGCAGGGAGUCGCUUGCCUCGGGGGAAAAGAUCAAGCAGUACAUGGUCGAGUCUGCGCAGCAGGCCGGCAUCGACAAGCACAUUCGCCACGGCCACAAGGUCGUCUCGGCGAACUGGAGCCCAGACGACAAGUGCUGGGAGGUCAUGGCCCAGCAGCAAGGCGGCGGCGAGCAUCACGACGGCAAGGCGACGCGGCCGCCGCAGCUCUUCCGGGGUCGGUUUGUCUUCCUCGGCACCGGGUACUACGACUACCAGGAGCCGCUUGCCUCGGCCAUCCCCGGCAUCGACAACUUUGGCGGCAGGCUCAUCAACCCGCAGCACUGGCCGCAGGACUACGACUACGCCAACAAGGAAAUGGUCAUUAUUGGCAGCGGCGCGACGGCCAUUUCCAUCCUGCCCGCCGUCGCCAACAAGGUCAAGCACGUCACCAUGCUCCAGCGCAGCCCGAGCUGGUACCUCACGCUGAACCAGUACGGCAGAAUAGCCCGCCUGCUCGCCGUCAUCUUCCCCGAUCGAAUGGCGCGCCGGCUGAACCGGUACCGCUGGCUGAUCCAGACCCAGAUCCUGCUGUUUGUGAGCAGAAACAUGCCCUUCGUCGCGGGAGGGUUGCUGCGCCUCCUCACUUCCCUCCAGCUCCCCAAGGACGCCGACUGGAAGAGGGACUUCCAGCCGCGGUACGGGCCGUGGGAUCAAAGACUGUGCGUCGUCAUGGACGGGGAUCUCUUCGCCGCGCUCCGGUCGCGGCAGGCGAGUGUCGUGACGGACCACAUCGACACCGUCGCCGAGGACGGCAUCGUUUUGAAGUCGGGCCAGGUGCUCAAGGCCGACGUCAUUGUGGCCGCGACGGGCAUCCGGCUCAAGUUUGGCGGCGGCAUCCGGUUCUCCGUCAACGGCGCCCCCGUCGACCUGACCGACCGGUUCGCCUGGAAGCAGUGCAUGCUGCAGGACGUGCCGAACCUCGUCUUCUCGUUUGGAUAUGCCGAGAACUCGUGGACCCUGGGGGCCGACUGCGCCGCCACCGUCAUGCUGCGCGUGAUGAGGGAGCUGCAGCGGCAGAGGCUGACUUGGGCCGCGCCGCGGGUGGACGCGUCCGAGACCAAGACGAUGGCGCCCAGGCCGUUGUGGAGGCUGACGUCGACGUACCUCGAGAACAUGACGAGCGUGUUUCCCAAGGGGGGGACGGGCGAGUGGCGGCCUAGGUGGUAUCCCUUUUUCGAUCUUUGGGCCGCGAGCUGGGGAGGCAUGAAGGGUCUGGCGAUGGAGUAG